UGUAACAGAGGCUUACAGGAGUUACCAAUUUUAAUCUGGAAUAAUGACAAUCAUCACAUCUGAUAAACGCUGGAGAUUAACUGGCUUCUUGUGUCAUCUCAAAUGCAGUUAGUUCAACCAAGGUUUGCUGGUUUGAUGUUUUUACUUUUGUUGUGUGACUGUGUUAGCUUUGGUAGUAUAAACACUGUUGUUUAAUGUCUGUGUAUAUACAGUCAUAGGCCUCCUAUGACUUUCUGUCAGAGAAAGAGCAAGAGAAGAACAUGCUGACUGUGCUCUGCAUCACCGUCUACAAACCUAACCAGAUUUGAAGAAGUGGUGUAGGAAGAAGAUCAGCACAUUGGCCCAGGGCUCUCAGUAUAGCUAGGAGAGGUUUCAUUUUUAACCGUGCUUUAGUCCUUGAAUGAAGCAACUGAUGAGCACUCAGAGAUGAGAAGAGCACACAUAUCUACAGGAGUUUCAUGUUGUACAGGAGCUUUAGAAGGGUUUCUCUGUAAAAUACAAUGAUGCCAGGUGAGGUUAUUAUGAAGCUCAAAUGUAUGCUGACACCUGAAACGCUGUGGAUUCCUGCCACGGUGCUGCUAUAUCUCAUCUUGCUUCUAUGCACCGUCAAAACAGCCCAAAACACAUCAGUGCACAGAAGAGACGUUUCAGCUGAACUUCAUGAAAAGGCUGUGCUGUCAUCACAAUUCUGUGAUAUAAACCAAACUAAUAAAAUCUAUAGUAUGACAUGGAGGAAACAUGAAAAGGAAACACAUAAAGUUCUUCUUCAUGUAGUCUAUAAUGAUACAAAGUAUUAUUCGUCAUAUGAAGGCCGUAUCAAGUAUCAUUUCAAUAAUCAAAGCCUGAUCUUCUAUGAGGUACAGAAAAAAGAUGAAGGUGUUUAUGAGGCAAGCCUGGAAUAUAAAAAUGCUACAAUACUAUCUUACAAUAUUACCUUAUGGGUCAAUACCCCUCCCAAGAUCCACAUCCACGUAAACGAUUCUCAUCGGACACUAACCUGCAAAUACGACACAGCAGCAGGCGAAAUACUCAGGAAGUGGCUGCAGAAUGGGCAGCCUCUCUCUCUAAAUGACAGAUACACUUUGAGCGAGGGAAACCAGACUUUGCUCUUGAAUAAUAUGACUGUGGAAGACUGCCGGACCUACACCUGCUUGGUGACUGAUGGCCGGAGUGAGAAAGAGGCUCACAUCCGCCUUACUGGUGAGGACAUGCCUUUGUGCGGAGAAAGUACUACAUCCACUGCAACCCUGCAAGAUAGGGUUGUCAUAGCAUUAAUUGCCUCUGCAGCUAUCAUUUUUAUUGUUUUUUCCAUCAUUUGCCUGAGGAAAUGCUAUCUGGGCCAUUGCAGGAAAGAUCAGACGACUGAAGGUAACAAGACAGCAACAGCACAAUCACAAAAGACCCGGUAUACGAGUGCGACAGAGUGUGCUUACACGCUCCCAGACGACACUUCUGAUCAUCACGUAUAUGAAACAAUCGGAGAACCCAAGGAAGAAACUAAUGCGACUUGUGUCUACACGCUACAAGGAAGCCAGCCCCCCUCACUCUCCAGUCCAAGCCAGGAGCAGCAAAAUGAGGGUAUAUAUUCCUACAUCGGCCAUCCUCAGCCAACGACACCGAGCCCCCAGACAUCCCUGGAGCCGUAGAUCUUCAGUGAUGGAUCAAUGAGACUCCUUGGGGACGAUGCUUGUAGGGUGGUGAUGUCCAAACUGAUCACAAAGAAGUCCUUAACUUUGCAGUCUUCUUCUUUUUAUUUUAUUCCAGACAGAAUUCACCAAGCGAUUAUAUAAAUCAGUAGAAUAAGCAGAAACAACAAAAGUAAAUGGGAUAUUUCUUUGUGCCGCACUUCUGUUACUGUCAUUAUUUGUGGAGAACUAGUGGCAUAAGCUUCUUUUAAUGGAUUCCAGUGCCAAAUUUUUUUUCGCCGGGGGGGGUUGGGGGGGUGCUGUGGCUUCUCAUUUCUGGACACAUGUCCAUUUGGACAAACAAAGCGUCUGACCCUCAACCAUUAAAUGUUACAAAUGUAUAGAAUGUUUUUUGUGAAAUAUCCUUAAGGUAUACCGUAUUAACUUUUAUAGUCUUGUCAUAGAAAAAGCAAAAUUAUAUAUAUAUAUAUAGUUUGCUGUCCAGCGGUUUAUGAUGCAAUGUAACAUGCUUCGGCAAUUUAAACUAAUAGAUCAAUAGCUUCCUGUUCCUCCCAACAAAAGGGGUCUAUCAAACCCCCAUGGGGUCUCCUGUUUCUGUGGGCUCCAGUGUGGCUGCACUGGCUGCACUGCCUAUAGUUCCACCAGUGGUGUGAAAGCUAACACCUUCGAAAGCCCUUCCAGUUUGAUACAGAAGGAGCAAUGCUGUGACAUUAAUGGCAUGUGCACAAAUUUGCAAUAUAACCAUGUCAGUAAACAGGUAACCAAGCACA